AUGUUUGCUCGAUCUGCUUUCCGCGUGGCCCAGCCACUGAAGACUCAAGCUCGCCGAUAUGCGACUGAGACACCAUCCAAGGGAGGAUCCAACGCCUUUUUCUACGCUGCGGGUGCUGCUGCUAUCGCCGGAGCUGGAUACUACUACUUGGGCGGAAGCACCCCCGUGGCCGCCAAGGUGAAGGAGGCUGUUCCUGCUAAGCCUGCUUUUACCGGCGGCGAUCAGGGAUUCCUUUCUCUGAAGCUGGCCGAUGUUGAUAUUGUCAACCACAACACCAAGCGUCUUCGUUUUGAGCUCCCUGAGGGUGACAUGGUCUCUGGUCUCCAUAUUGCCAGUGCCAUCUUGACCAAGUUCAAGGGCCCCAACGACGAGAAGGCCACGCUCCGACCUUAUACUCCCAUCAGCGACGAAGGAGAGAAGGGCCACAUUGAUCUCUUGGUCAAGAAAUAUCCCGACGGCCCCAUGAGCACUCACCUCCACGACCUGGUUCCUGGUCAGCGCCUUGACUUCAAGGGCCCUCUGCCCAAAUACUCCUGGUCCGAGAACAAGCAUGACCACAUUGCGCUCAUUGCUGGCGGCACUGGCAUCACCCCGAUGUACCAGCUCUGCCGAGCCAUCUUCAACAACUCCAACGACAAGACCAAGGUUACUCUUGUUUUCGGCAAUGUGACCGAGGAGGACAUUCUUCUCCGCCGCGAGCUUGCCGAGCUCGAGAAUACCUACCCCCAACGAUUCCGUGCCUUUUACGUCCUGGACAAGGCCCCCAAGGACUGGCAAGGCAAUACUGGGUACAUCUCCAAGGAGUUGCUCAAGACGGUGCUGCCCGAGCCCAAGGAGGAGAACAUCAAGGUGUUUGUCUGUGGACCCCCGGGUCUGAUGAAGGCCAUCUCUGGCCCCAAGGUCAGCCCCAAGGACCAGGGUGAGCUCUCUGGCUCUCUGAAGGAUCUUGGCUACUCCCAGGAGCAGGUCUACAAGUUUUAA